GUUUUAUUUCUUACAAUUUUUGAGGAAAGAUUUUAAUUUUAAUAAUUAAUUUUUUUUUACAAGCCCCCUCGAGCAAGCAAGGAAGCAAAUAAGCGCAAGGCCACCCUCACAAACCACACUGAGACUGAGAACCAAACCUUUGCGAUCGUGAUUUCAUCGAAUCUUAUCCAACAUGUUUCUCACAAGGACUGAGUAUGACCGAGGAGUCAACACCUUUUCUCCUGAAGGCCGUUUGUUUCAGGUUGAAUAUGCAAUCGAGGCCAUCAAGCUGGGAUCAACUGCGAUUGGGUUGAAGACGAAAGAGGGCGUCGUCCUUGCAGUUGAGAAGCGCAUCACUUCGCCGCUAUUGGAGCCUAGUAGUGUGGAGAAAAUUAUGGAAAUUGAUGAGCAUAUAGGUUGUGCAAUGAGUGGAUUGAUUGCUGAUGCUCGAACACUUGUUGAGCAUGCACGGGUGGAAACUCAGAAUCAUAGGUUCUCCUAUGGUGAACCAAUGACUGUUGAGUCCACUACCCAAGCACUUUGUGAUCUAGCCUUGCGUUUUGGUGAAGGUGAUGAAGAGUCCAUGUCUCGACCGUUUGGAGUAUCUCUCCUCAUUGCUGGACAUGAUGAGAAUGGACCUAGUUUAUAUUACACUGAUCCAUCUGGCACAUUUUGGCAAUGCAAUGCAAAAGCUAUCGGUUCAGGUUCAGAAGGUGCAGAUAGUUCUCUGCAAGAACAGUACAACAAGGACCUAACCCUUCAAGAAGCCGAGACUAUUGCUUUAUCCAUUUUGAAGCAAGUCAUGGAAGAGAAGGUCACUCCUAACAACGUUGACAUUGCCAAGGUGGCUCCAACAUAUCAUCUUUAUACCCCCUCUGAGGUGGAAGCUGUCAUAAGUCGUCUAUGAUUUCCUGUUGCAUGGUUUUCUUUAUUCAGCAUUUGUACGUCUAUUUAUUUUUGUGAAGAAACUUUAUUGAUGGAUGAUGCUAUAUUAGUGCUACGCAUGCGGCCAAGUUGUACGCUUACUAGAUUCUCGUGUCAUAUUUGCUCUAUUAAGUGUAGUUGAAAUUGAGGACUAAAUUGUUUUGAUGUUUGGGAAGAAGACAUGAAUGCUCACAACGAGAACUAUACCUGUGCUGGUUAUUUUCCCCUGUAAAAGUAUCAGGAAAGUUUUGUUAUAUCCUCUUUACUUAUUUUCUUAACAACGUUCUUUCUAUUUUAUAAAGUAGGUAUUCAAUGAAAAAUACAUUUU